CUCUGCUAGGAGAUUGUUGGAGAUGCUCACAGUGAUCUCUUCCCAAUGCCCAAUUUUAUUCCAUGGAUCAAUUAAUUCUUUUCCAAUUAAAUUCCUAAAAAUCUAGAUAAAAGUUCCAAGAAUUUGCCGCUGGUGUUGUUGUCAAUGGCGGAGGGAUCAGAGAGCGGGGAGAACGGGAGAAGCAACAACAACAGCAAUCUAUCAAAGAUGGAUUCAAUCGAAUCGAGAUGGGUUUGUCAGGAUGACGACGAUUCCAACAGCGAUGAAGACGAAAGCGAUGAUUUUCCUCAUCGGAUGAGCAUCAAGUCCGAUGAAGAGGAAGAAGAGGAGGAUAAUCCUGAACAGAGGUUGAUUAGGACCGGGCCGAGGAUUGAUUCCUUUGAUGUUGAGGCCCUUGAGGUUCCUGGGGCUCAUCGGAAUGAUUACGAGGACUUUAAUGUGGGUAGAAACAUAGUGCUCACUCUUCAGACGCUUGGCGUUGUAUUUGGUGAUGUUGGAACAAGUCCGCUGUAUACUUUUGAUGUUAUGUUCAACAAAUAUCAAAUUACUGGGAAGGAAGAUGUCCUUGGAGCACUAUCUCUUGUUCUCUACACUUUGAUCUUGAUACCAUUGGUGAAGUACAUUAUGGUUGUUCUUUGGGGCAAUGAUAAUGGUGAAGGGGGUACAUUUGCUUUGUAUUCACUGAUAUGCAGAAAUGCAAAGGUCAGUCUUCUCCCAAAUCAAUUAUCCUCUGAUUCUCGGAUAUCAAGUUUCCGGUUGAAAGUGCCAUCACCAGAGCUAGAGAGAUCAUUAAAAAUCAAGGAGCAUUUAGAAAACUCAUUAGUACUGAAGAAGUUACUUCUUGCCUUGGUGCUUUUCGGUACAUCCAUGGUGAUAGCAGAUGGAGUCGUCACCCCAGCAAUGUCUGUCAUGUCGGCUGCUAAUGGACUAAAGUUUGGAAUUGAUAGCAUUGGACCAGAUGAAACUGUGAUGAUAACUGCUGUGUCACUUAUAGUCCUGUUUAGUUUACAGAGAUUUGGGACAAGCAAAGUGGGCCUUGCAGUUGGGCCUGCUCUGUUCAUUUGGUUUUGCUGCCUCGCAGGCACUGGUGCCUACAACCUCAUGAAUUAUGGAACAACUGUUUUGAGGGCAUUUAACCCUAUUUGUAUCUACUAUUAUUUUAAGAAACAUUCAACUCAGGCUUGGAUGUCUCUUGGUGGUUGUCUUCUGUGUGCAACAGGAUCUGAGGCGAUGUUUGCAGAUCUUUGUUAUUUCUCUGUAAGAUCUGUACAGGUUACCUUCGUGUUUCUGGUUCUCCCUUGCCUUAUGUUGGGAUACCUUGGUCAGGCUGCAUUUUUGAUGGAAAAUCUAAAUCAGAAUGAGCAGGUUUUCUUUUCUUCAAUCCCAAGUGGAGCUUUCUGGCCAGUCUUCCUGAUAGCUUCUGUUGCUGCACUUAUUGCCAGUCGAGCAAUGACGACUGCAACAUUCUCAUGCAUAAAGCAAGCGACAGCCCUUGGUUGUUUUCCUCGCCUCAAAAUCAUACACACAUCUCGAAAGUUCAUGGGUCAAAUUUAUAUUCCAGUUAUUAACUGGUUCUUGUUGGUUUUCUCGCUGGCACUUGUUGCAAGCUUUGGAAGCAUAUAUGAGCUGGGAAAUGCAUAUGGCAUUGCUGAGCUUGGAGUUAUGAUGAUGACAACGAUCUUAGUGACCCUCAUUAUGCUUCUGAUAUGGCAGCUUAACAUCAUCACUGCAUUUUGCUUUCUCAUUUUCUUUCUAGGAGUAGAACUCCUUUUUUUCUCCUCGGUUUUGGGUAGUGUGGGAGAUGGAAGCUGGGUUCUGUUGGUUUUUACAGCAGUUUUGUUUAUGAUAAUGUACAUUUGGAACUAUGGCAGCAAGUUGAAGUAUGAGACUGAAGUUAAGCAGAAGCUCUCCAUGCAGUUAAUGAUGAAAUUGGGUUGCAAUCUUGGUACUAUUAGAGCCCCUGGAAUCGGUUUGGUUUACAAUGAAUUAGUUAAAGGAGUUCCUGCAAUAUUUGGUCAUUUUCUGACCACUCUUCCAGCGGUCCACUCUAUGAUCGUAUUUGUAUGCAUAAAGUAUGUACCAGUUCCUGUAGUGCCUCAAAAUGAAAGGUUUCUUUUCAGGCGUGUCUGCCCAAAGAGCUAUCACAUGUUUCGUUGCAUCGCUAGGUAUGGCUACAAGGAUGUGCGCAAGGAACAUCAUCAAACAUUUGAACAGCUACUAAUUGAGAGCCUUGAGAAGUUCGUACGUCGAGAAGCUCAAGAGCGAUCCUUAGAGAGCGAUGAAGACAGUGACACUGAUACAGAAGAGAACCCCUCUACACGGAUUCUUGUAGCACCUGACGGCAGUGUUUAUUCUCUUGGUGUUCCUCUCCUGGCUGACUACAGCUGUAUUGAGAAACCAAGCUCCGAACCAAGUACUUCCUUUGAUGAGUCCCGCGAUAAUGCAAUGAUGGAAGGAGACGAUGCAAUUAUUGAAGCAGGGCAGAGCUUUGAGAGGGAACUCUCGUUCAUUCACAAGGCGAAAGAAUCAGGGGUGGUUUACCUCCUUGGUCAUGGGGACAUUAGGGCCAGGAAGGACUCUUGGUUUAUUAAGAAGCUGGUUAUAAAUUACUUCUACGCGUUCUUGAGAAAGAACUGCAGAAGGGGGAUUGCAACACUUAGUGUUCCUCAUACAAAUCUAAUGCAAGUGGGCAUGACUUACAUGGUUUGAAGUUCUUAAAGUUGUUGGUUUUUACUUGUUUUGAGCCAUACUAACAUGUUAGUACCCAGAGGCCCAUGAUUGGUGCUUACCACAGUUUUUGCAAAUCAAAGAGCUGGCAUUUAAAUGAGAAAACAAAGUGAGAGAUGAUCCCUUACUUUUAUUGGUGAAAGAACAAGAAUGCAAGAGAUACAAGUGCCAUGUAUAUUUUCCCAGGUAUGAGUACAAGUGCCUGGUUUGUAAUGUUUGUCACUCAUUCUCCCAGCAACUCUUAUUCUUUACCUCAGAAGGAAAAUACAAGAUCUAACCGUAUUUGUUGUAUUUACAGGUAGAUAAGUCAAUGAAAGAAAGAAAACAUAGAAAUCCUUUUCUUUUUAAUUUGUGCAAAGAGAUGCGUGCAGUCUUGUUAAAGUACACUUUUAUUGUAGCAUUAUUAAUUUGUUCA